AUGUCGACAAAAUUGACUUGGUCGCAAUGGUCUAAAAAGAAUGAACUUCCUCGAAAACUCCUACAUACAUCAAUUGGUUUCAUCACGUUAGGACUUCAAUGGUAUCAAUUUCAUGCUGAGCAGAUUACCCCGUACUUGGCCUUGGGUUUUAUUCCAGUCUUAACAGGAGAUGUCAUACGAUUUCAAUGGCCAGCUUUUGGUCGGUUGUACAAUCGAGUUAUGGGUCCUUUGAUGCGUGAAUCUGAGAAAAAUAGUUGGAAUGGCGUUAUAUUUUAUUUGGUAGGAACAUGGAUAGUUUUGAGCUUUUUACCAGAGGAGAUUGCAGUAAUGAGUAUUUUACUUUUAUCUUGGUGCGACACAGCAGCUUCUAGUUUUGGUCGCAAAUAUGGAAAGUAUACUCCAAAGAUUGCUAAAAAUAAAAGCUUAGCCGGUAGUCUUGGUGCAUUUGUUUGUGGGAUCUUAGCGUCUUAUGUGUACUGGGGAAUCAUCCGGACGGGCCCCGAGAAUUUGGCAACCCAAUCUUGGAUGCCCUUUCCAGUACUAUGUAUAGUGAACGGAUUUGUCGGUGCUGUUGCAGAAGCAAUGAACGUAUGGGGUUUAGAUGAUAAUGUGGUGAUACCUGUUGUGUCCGGAGGUUUAUUAUAUUUGAUAAUGUAA